AUGGAAACCCUUGAGGAGAAAGCCACGGGAGAGAAACAUCGAACUUUGCUAUGCCAAGGUCCCGUGGAACUGAGAAGAGACUGGAGAAGGAAGAAACAACACCUCUCCUUGUUCAGUGACGUGCUGGUUGUGUCUAACGACCUGCGUAAGAGAAAGUUCAAUACCAAACAUGUCAUCCCACUCACUUACCUGUGGAUAAGUGACUAUGUGGACAUAGUCGGGAGAGACAGAAGCUCUGCUUGCAAGUCCAUUCUCCUGUCCUGGCCCGUGGGAAAUUUUGUGGCCAUCUUUCGAGCAUGAGCAUCCCUAUGACAUUAUAAUGAGGAACAGCCUAAAUACCUUUAAUCGAAGGGAAUCGAGAAAUUUUACAGCUUUUCCUGCCCUGCCUGG